AUGCUUGCUGCAGAGAAUUAUGCGCUUGAGCCCGCCACAGGGGAUCCGACGAGAUGUGAUGUUUGCUACUUAGACUUCCCCACAGGAGCAGAAUUCAGCAGGCAUCAGCGGUCCACAGGACACCAGGAAGCUCUCGCGCUGGCCCCUCGUCAGCAGUUCACACAAGCGGCUUCUCCUACACGAGUCACUGGUACCCCUGCUGCCCCCGGUUACAUUCAGUGCGAUAUUUGCCGCAAGGACAUCCACGUCGAUGUCUGGGUAGCUCAUGCGACGCGCCAUACCAGCCAUCAGCAGCGCGCAGCUAUCAACGCGGCCCUGGCAGAAGCCGAAAAGGACAAGAAUGGAAUUUCGAUCUCAGGCAAGGGCGGCAUAGACCUUGCGGUCAUGGAGCUGAGCAGAACUGACGAAUCUAGCGCCAAGAUAACACUACUUUCUACCAGGCUCGAGGGAGAUAAUUCUCGGUCGAAGUCGUCAGCUUCGCUGAUGAACAUGCAAAAAUCCAUCGAGCGGGGCACGAAGCACGCAGUUUCGUUCGAGCUGAAGUUCUCGUUCGAAGGACAACACGAAUAUACACUUGACUUUACAUUCCGCAAGGUCAUACCAGGAUCGAGAACUGCAGAACAGUUCGUUAUCACAAGGCAAAUUCGAGUCGUCGUUGGCUCGCCAGACGACCACGAGCGGCUUAAACCGACAGCACCGUACUCGAAAGCCCAGCCGAAGGCUGCAUACAGAAAGCCGAGGCGCGUUAUCCGUGUUACGCGGCCUUCGGUCUGGAGCUAUACCAAAUGGAAGGUCACUCUGCCCGAGUACAGGCCUCCGGAAGAUAUCAUCGAAGCCGCUUUUGGCCCUCAUCCGAAAGCCGCACUCAGGCAGUACGUUCCGCACUUAAGCCUGGAGACUUAUUCCGUGUUCUUUCAGGCCUUGUUGUGGAUAGAGGAAGAACAGAUGCGGCGUAACCUUGCGGUAUACGCGAUGACCAAUGUUGCCCUUAUUCCGCAUCAUCCGGACUAUGAACUAGAAGUGAAAGAACUGGGUGAAGGUAGACCACCCGUGAUAGUUGGUGACUUGAUCAUGGUAAAGCAUUCGGGCGAUGAGACGGAUACCUGGUACGAAGGCUGUGUCCACCAAAUCAGUGGUUUCUCAGUGCGCCUGCGAUUCAACGACAAGUUCAAUGCCUAUCGGGGCGCCAAGGUUGACGUCAAAUUCCUCCUUAAUCGCCUUCCCGAUCGUAGAAUGCAUCAGGCCGUGUCUUCGUCGUUUAAUCCGCCGCGGCUACUGUUUCCUCGCUCAGAACAUACUCGUUACCUACGGAGACCCAGCGAUUGCGAAAUGGAAAGCAUAGCUCUUGUGGAUCGAGCGCUCUCGAAGAACCGAGAGCAGCUUGAGACAAUUGCCGCUGUCGUGAAUCGUCCUCCUGGGAGUGUUCCAUUUAUUGUGUUUGGCCCCCCGGGCACUGGAAAGACCGUCACGAUUGUAGAGGCCAUACGACAGAUACUGACUGCGGAUCCCGAUGCAAGGAUCCUUGCCUGUGCACCUUCUAAUGCUGCAGCGGAUCUCAUCGCCGUACGUCUAGCAUACAAUCCACUCAACCCGAACGAGCUCUUCCGAUUAAACUCAUACUCGCGUUCAUAUAAAUCAUUGGCCGAGGGAACACCUGUUCUAACCGAUUUCUCGUUGUACAAUGACAAUCACGUGUUCGCGAUCCCGUCUCUGGAGAAAUUCCUGACUUACCGGGUCAUCGUCUCUACGUGCAUUUCGGCCGGAACACCUCACGGGAUUGGCGUCAAGCGCGGACACUUUACGCAUAUUUUCCUUGACGAAGCUGGGCAAGCAUCGGAGCCAAUGUCUAUGAUCCCCAUCAAGACUCUUGCAGAUGACGAAACCAAUGUCGUUCCGGCAGGGGACAUCAGACAGCUGAACCCCAUCGUUCACUCGCCGAUCGCUCGUGACCUAGGACUCAAGCAGAGCUACCUUCAGCGCCUCAUGAAUAUGCCGAUCUACGACGAAAAGACGCAUAAGGGCCAAACGGUCACGAAGCUAGUGAAGCACUUCCGCUCUCACCCUGAUAUUCUGACAUUCCCGAACCGCCAAUUCUAUGGCGGAGAGCUGCUACCAUGCGCGGAUCCGGCUGUCACGCACAGCCUGCUCAAGUACGAGAAACUGCCGGCUAAGAACUUCCCUAUCGUAUUCCACGGCACCGUAGGCAAAGACCAGCGAGAGGCGUCGUCGCCAUCGUUCUUCAACAUUGACGAGAUCACGAUCGCCAAGGACUACCUUGUCUCUCUCUUGGAAAAUCGGAAGCUGCGUAUCACCGCCAAGGACGUUGGGAUCAUUGCGCCUUACCAUGCUCAGUGCCAAAAGAUGCGAAGCGUGCUUCCCCAGAAGUUCAAGGAGGUCAAGGUGGGCAGUGUGGAAGAAUUCCAGGGCCAGGAACGACGGGUGAUUAUUAUUAUGACGGUACGCAGCAGCACGGAUUACAUCCCCUAUGAUAUGAAGCAUACGCUCGGCUUCGUCGCCGACCCCAAGCGAUUCAACGUCGCUAUCACCCGCGCUCGGAGUCUCCUUGUCGUCGUCGGCAACCCUCGGACGCUGAGCAUGGACCCAAUGUGGCGCGAGUGGCUCAACUUCGUCCACCAGAAGGGCGGCUGGCGCGGCAAGGAGCCCGACUGGGACACCGCGGAGCCCGUGCUCGAUGGCGGAUACGGCGAACGCAUCCGCACAGAGGCCGAGGCGAGAGCCGAGGAGAUGAUCCAGCGCAUACGCGCGCAGUAUCUCCACAGCUACGAGCAACCCGAGGAGGGUAGCGAUGAUGAUAGCGAGCAGGAUCCGCAGGAGUAUUGGGGCAGGAGGCAGAUUAGGGAUAUUCUUGAGCCAUUUUGUAUGCGCGCUCACUACAAAUGUACGCAUUAG